UCUUCAAUGUGCUUUUAAAAUGCUAGUCGUACAAGUCCUAUGGGCUUUUCUUUGGAUCCUUCCCCAGGCCCUGGGAAAGGACUUCUGUGCGGGGCAAUCGUUUGGAUCCAGAGCAGUCGACUCCGAUGAUCCCCAAUCGUAUUACCUAUGCCUUGGUUUCCUUGGAUCUAUAAAAAAUACCUGCGAGAAUGGAUACUUAUUUGAUGCUCAAUCGCAGGGCUGUUUGAAUAAAAACCAUGCAGCCCUAGCGAUCAAAAAAUCAACUGAUGAUAAGAAGGAUGUUAGCAUCAAGCAAAAUAUCAACGUGGACAGACCCCUUAUAUUCAACAUUUUCGGAAACUUCAAUUUCUUUGCCAAUCUCUGGGGCAACUCCCAUGACACGACACCUUCGCCCCUUAAACCCAAACCUGUGGCCCACUACCAAUUAUUUGACAGUGCCGUUGGAAUUCCGCAUUUGUCGAGCUCAGGUCCAAAACCGCUUACAUCUUCCAGCUCGCAGGAUAAUUUUAAGGAGGAUAUCAUAACCAACUCUGAAGUUCCAACUUCUCCGUCUGAAGGUGCAACAGAAAGUUCGACGCAGGAAUCGUCCACAGGCGUGCCGGAAGAGGAUUCCUCCACUGAAUCUAUACAAGAAAGUUCUACACUAGAAAGUCCUUCAAGCUCUGAAACUUCGCUGUCUACAGAAGCUUCCUUUGAGGACAUAAUCUUGAGCUCUGAAAGUAUCGUGCCUACUGAACCAUCUACAGAAGCGGCAGAUGAAUCUUCUUCAACAGAAUCUCUUCCUGAUAGUACGAAACAGGAAAGUAGCUUGAGCACGGAAAGUAUUGUUGCCUUCGAAUCAUCUACAGAAGCGACAGAGUCCACAGAGUCCUUACCAGAUAGUACGACCCAAGAUAGUAGCUCAAGCACUGAAAGUCCUUUGACCAACGAAUCAUCUACAGAAACGACUAAUGAGUCUUCUUCAUCCUCUUCAGAAAGUACCCAAGAUAGUAGCUCAAGCACAGAAGGUCUUGUUGCCUUAGAAUCAUCUACAGAAGCGACAGAUGAGUCUUCAUCCACAGAGUCUUUACCAGAUAGUACGACCCAAGAUAGUAGCUCAACUACUGAAAGUCCUUUACCCACUGAAUCAUCGACAGCAGCGACAGAUGAAUCUUCCUCAACGCAAUUGCUACCAGAAAGUACCCAAGAAAGUAGCUCAAGCACUGAAAGUCCCUGGUCUACCGAAUCUUCGACAGAAGUGACGGAUCAGCCUUCGUCAACGGAAUCUUCAUCAGAUAGUACGACCCAAGAAGGUACCACUGAAAGUCCGUCACCUACCGAAUCAUCGACGGGAGUGACAGAUGAGCCUUCGUCAACAGAAUCUCCACCUGAUAGUACGACCCAGGAAAGCAGCUUAAGCACGGAAAGUUCUCUGUCUACCGAAUCAUCGACAAAAGCGACUGAAGAGUCUUCUUCAACGGAAUCUUCAAAUGAUAGUUCGACCCAAGAAAGUAGCUCUUCCACCGAAGGUCCUUUGUCUACGGAAUCACCGACUGAUGAGUCUUCUUCAACGGAAUCUUCAAAUGAUAGUACGACCCAAGAAAGUAGCUCUACCACAGAAGGUCCUUUGUCUACGGAAUCACCGACUGAUGAGUCUUCUUCAACGGAAUCUUCAAAUGAUAGUACGACCCAAGAAAGUAGCUCUACCACAGAAGGUCCUUUGUCUACGGAAUUAUCAACUGAUGAGUCUUCUUCAACGGAAUCUUCAAAUGAUAGUACGACCCUAGAAAGUAGCUCUACCACAGAAGGUCCUUUGUCUACGGAAUCAUCAACUGAUGAGUCUUCUUCAACGGAAUCUUCAAAUGAUAGUACGACCCAAGAAAGUAGCUCUUCCACCGAAGGUCCUUUGUCUACGGAAUCACCGACUGAUGAGUCUUCUUCAACGGAAUCUUCAAAUGAUAGUACGACCCAAGAAAGUAGCUCUACCACAGAAGGUCCUUUGUCUACGGAAUUAUCAACUGAUGAGUCUUCUUCAACGGAAUCUUCAAAUGAUAGUACGACCCUAGAAAGUAGCUCUACCACAGAAGGUCCUUUGUCUACGGAAUCAUCAACUGAUGAGUCUUCUUCAACGGAAUCUUCAAAUGAUAGUACGACCCAAGAAAGUAGCUCUACCACCGAAGGUCCUUUGUCUACGGAAUCAUCAACAGGAGUGACAGAUCAGCCUUCGUCAACAGAAUCUUUACCAGAUAGUACGACCCAAGAAAGUACCACUGAAAGUCCUUUGCCCAGCGAAUCUUCUACAGCAGCGACAGAUGAAUCUUCCUCAACGCAAUCGCUACCAGAAAGUACCCAAGAAAGUAGCUCUACCACUGAAGGUCCUUUGUCUACGGAAUCAACAACAGGAGUGACAGAGGAGCCAAAUAGUUCGACACAAGAAAGUCUCUCAUCUACAAGUCCAUCAGUUGAAAGCUCUACUCUUGAAAGUACAACAAGCUCUGAAAAUCCCACUACAUCAGAAUCGUCAACAGAGACCACUGAAAACUCUGAAAAUUCGUCAUCGACACAAUCAUCUCCACAAAGUUCGACAGAGGAUUCUAUUACCAGUUCCGAGAAUCCCUCGACCUCUGAACCUGCAACGGAAAUAACGUCUGAAAAUCCAUCGACAGCACCAACUCCUCAGAGUACAACAGAAGAUGUCCUGACUUCAGAACCUGUUUACGACACUACAACUGAGAGGAACGAAGUGUCAUCCACAAGUGGAGCCCCGUGUACCACCAACAAUCCAGAACCUUCGCCAAGUACCGCAGGAAAUGGUGGCGGAAACAAUGGGUCUGAGAACGGAAACUCUUCCACAACUAGAUCUCCAUGUACCACCGAUAAUCCCUCAAGCCCAGAACCUUCGGCAAGUACGCCAGGAAAUGGUGGCGGAAACGGAAUCUCACCCACAAGUGGAGCCCCAUGUACUACCGAUAAUCCCUCAAGCCCGCAACCUUCGCCAAGUACCCCAGGAAAUGAUUCCGGAAACAGUGGAUCUGAGAACGGAAACUCUUCCACAACUAGAUCUCCAUGUACCACCGAUAGUCCCUCAAGCCCGCAACCUUCGCCCAGUACCCCAGGAAAUGAUUCCGGAAACAGUGGGUCCGAAAGCGGAAUCUCUUCUACAAGUGGAGCUCCCUUUACUACCACUAACCCCUUAAGCCAGGGACCUUCGACAAGUACGCCGGGAAACAGUUCAUCGGAGUCUCCACCUAAAGGCGCGACUCCUUGUCCGCCCGAUCCACCAAGAGAGAGCUCCACAAGUGCGUAUACCGCUCAUCCGACUCCAAAUCAUUCGACCGAGGGUUUUGUAGCUGGAACCUCAACUCUAAGACCCUCAACUGGAACGACCCCGGGUCACCAAGAAGAAAGUACUGAUUGCAAGAACAUGCCGAAUGGAGCCUUUCUUCGGGACCUCCAGUCAUGCAAUAGAUAUUAUGUAUGUCUGAAUGGCAAAGCAGUUCCUAGCCACUGUCCCAGAAAUCUCUACUUCGACAUAAAGAGGAAGGUCUGUAAUUUUCCCAGUUUAGUGGACUGCUCCCUCGAUGAGGUCGUAGAAAAUGUUACGAAGAAACCCUCGGAUACCGGAUCACCUCCUGACUGUAAGUCCUUGCGAAAUGGCGCCUAUGUGAGGGAUCCAAAGUCAUGCAGCAAGUUUUAUGUUUGUGCCAAUGGACGGGCUAUACCUCGACAGUGUCCACGGGGUCUACACUUUGACACCAAAUCAAACUUUUGUAACUACCCAAUCCUGGUUCAGUGCGUCUUAGAGGAAUCUCAGGCUGAUACCCAUGGAGCACUACUAGCGGAGGGAGUGCCGGAUUGCACCACAGUGAAAGAGGAUACACGAUUUGGAGACGUGAAGCAGCAUAACAAGUAUUAUGUUUGCUUGAAGGGAAAAGCGGUUUUGCAUUACUGCAGUCCGGGAAAUUGGUUUGACCUUCGAAGUCAGAAGUGCAUAGACCAGCGGCUGGCUAAGGUGACCUAAGCACUGGAACUCAUUCAUAAACAUAAGAGGCAUAAUCUUUAAUCUAGGUUUAGAAAUUUGGUGAAAGGGUUUUGAAUAUACAUAUAUACAUAGGUAUACAAUGGGUUGAUGGGUAAAAUUAACGAUAUUAUUCUGUUUUAGAGUGGUUACUGACACGAAAGUUACAAGCAGACUCUAAUACGACCUAGCCAGUUGAAGUGUUCAAUAAAUUACUUUAUCUGCCUAGUAUUUACAAAACGAAUAAAGUACAUAUAAACUGUUUGCACAUUUA